AUGAUUAUUGGGUGGUUAUUAUUAUUAAUAAUAAUAAUUAAUAUUAUUUCGUUUACUAUUGCUAAUCCAACAAAUUUUAAUAUUGAUUCACGUCAUAUGCCAGUACGUUUUUUUAAACCUGUUAUUGCACCAAGUUUAGCAAGUCGGUGCUAUGGAUGUCUUGUACCGUCAUCUGACUGUACAGUACCUUGUUCGAGUCCUCAGCGUUGUUUUAUACGUGGACCAACACCAUUCAAUCAAGACGCUUCAUCAUCGCUACCGGGUCGAUCGGCUAUUGCCAUUGUAGAAGAGGACAAACGGUGUCUUGCAUGUACAACUUUUCCACCGACGGGCAUUGCCAGUCAAUGCAUCGUAUCUUGUCACUAUAAUCAGCGAUGUUAUUUAAAGGCUGCUCAUGCCAAUGCAACGCUUACCGAUCGUCGUUGUACUGACGAACGAUGGGUACGUGAUUUACUCGUCGAUGGUUGUCUAACAUAUAAUGAUCUUUAUUGGUGUAUGUGUUCAACUGAUUUAUGCAAUUCCGGUGAUUUCAAUUCUAUUCGUGGUUUUGAUGAUUGUUCAAAUAAUCCUUGUCCAUCGGGUACUAUAUGUCUUGAUACAAAAGAUGGAUUUAGUUGUAUUUGUCCACCAUGGCAAACUGAUUGUACUUAUGCUUUUACUGUGGGCUGUACUUGUAAGAAUGGCGGCCGAUGUAUUAUGGGUCUUGGAACAUACAUUUGUGAAUGUCCAUAUGGUUAUACUGGAGUCAAUUGUGAGACAAGAACGAAUACUUCAGCAUUAGUUGAACGAUUUCGUCGACAGAGUUCACCAUCAUCACCAUCACCAUGUCCUAAUCAAUGUGUACAACGAACAUGUGUGUAUCGUCAGUCAGGUUACGGUUUAGCACCCACGAGUUGUACAUGUCUACCACCUAGUCGCUAUCCUAGCAGUCAAAGUAACUGUAAUACAUAUCGAGCUCCACAACCAUAUAUUGCUUGUAGUCCAAAUCCUUGUCAACAUGGACAAUCAUGUCAUUCAUUAACACCAUACAGUUUCUUUUGUAUGUGUCAAAAAGCUUAUAUUGGUCCUCUAUGUGAACGAUCAAAUCCUUGUGCUCAAUAUUCAUGUCCUAGUAAUCAACGAUGUGUUGUUAGUAGUCAAAGACAGGCUAUUUGUGUGUGUAGUACACCAUAUUGCCAACGUCGAGAUAUUUGCAUCCCAAAUCCUUGCAUGAAUGGCGGCACAUGUCAAUUGCAAGGCAUGCUCAGUUUUAUUUGUCAAUGUCGUCCUGGAUUUCAAGGAUUUACCUGUCAGAUAUGCGAUGCUUGCGUACCAAAUCCAUGUCAAAACGGUGGUUCAUGUGUUUUUGAUGAACCAACAGGAUCUUUUCGUUGUUAUUGUCCACCUGGAUAUACAGGUCGUACAUGUGAUAUCAGCAGUGCAAUUAUUACUGUUUCUCCUGAUCCAUGUUUACCGAAUCCCUGUCGCAAUGAUGCUACUUGUCAAGCUAGUAAUGCAGGAAGUUUUACAUGCAUGUGUCCUGUUGAUUUUCAAGGCAUUUCUUGUGAAAUUCGAUCCGAUCCUUGUGCACCAAAUCCAUGCCAAAACAAUGCUGGGUGUGUACCAAGUGGAGUUUCCUUUGUUUGUUCAUGUCCAAGUGGAUUUUCUGGACAACGUUGUGAAAUACGUAAUCCUUGUGUACCAAAUCCCUGUUUCAAUGGUGCUCCAUGUAAUCCUAAUGGAAUAGCAGGUUUCAUAUGUAUCUGUACUCAACCAUAUACAGGACAACGUUGUGAAGAUCGUAUUGAUCCAUGUGCCAAUCAACCUUGCCGAAAUGGAGGUACCUGUCGACCAAUCAAUGGUAAUUCAUAUCAAUGCAUCUGUCCACCUAGUUACUCAGGCUUUGAUUGUUCAAUACGUGAUCCAUGUGCUCUGAAUCCUUGUUUGAAUGGUGCUCAAUGUAAUCCUAAUGGAGUAGGAGGUUUCAUAUGUAUCUGUAUUCAACCAUUUACAGGACAACGAUGUGAAGAUCGUAUUGAUCCAUGUGCCAAUCAACCCUGCAGAAAUGGAGGUACCUGCCGACCAAUUAAUGGCAACUCGUAUCAAUGCAUCUGUCCACCUAGUUAUUCAGGCUUUGAUUGUUCGACACGUGAUCCAUGUGCUGAAAAUCCAUGCUUGAAUAAUGGUCAAUGUGUUUCAACUAAUAUUGGAGGAUUUACUUGUCAAUGUCCUCCUGGAUUCAGUGGUCAACGAUGUGAAGAUCGUGAUCCUUGUGCUUCACAACCAUGCAUGAAUCAAGGCACUUGCAUAAGAGAAAAUGGUAGUUUUCGUUGUACAUGUCCACCAGGCUAUUCAGGAAGUCGAUGUGAAAUACGAGAUGCAUGUCAAAGUAAACCAUGUAUGAAUGGUGGUACAUGUCAAUCAAUUAAUAGCAAUAGUGGCUAUCAAUGUAUUUGUUCUGCUGGUUUUAGUGGCCUACAAUGUGAAACUAGAGAUCCAUGUGCUCAGAAUCCUUGUUUGAACGGCGGCCAAUGUUAUCCGAACAGUAUGGGAGGAUUUACUUGUCAAUGUCCUUCUGGUUUUAGUGGUCAACGAUGUGAAGAUCGUGAUCCUUGUGCUUCACAACCAUGCAUGAAUCAAGGCACUUGCAUAAGAGAAAAUGGUAAUUUUCGUUGUACAUGUCCACCAGGUUAUUCAGGAAGUCGAUGUGAAAUAAGAGAUGCAUGUCAAAAUAACCCAUGUAUGAAUGGUGGUACAUGUCAAUCUAUUAAUAGCAAUAGUGGCUAUCAAUGUAUAUGUCCUGCUGGUUUUAGUGGUCUGCGAUGCGAAACAAGAGAUGUUUGUAUACCCAACCCUUGUUUGAAUGCUGCAACAUGCAUUUCAAAUGGCUUUGGAGGAUUUACUUGUCAAUGCCCUUCUGGUUUUAGUGGUCAACGAUGUGAAGAUCGUGAUCCUUGUGCUUCACAACCAUGCAUGAAUCAAGGCACUUGCAUGAGAGAAAAUGGUAGUUUUCGUUGUACAUGUCCACCAGGAUAUACAGGAAGUCGCUGUGAAAUAAGAGAUGCAUGUCAAAGUAAUCCAUGCAUGAAUAGUGGUACAUGUCAACCUAUUAAUGGCAAUGGUGGCUUUCAAUGUCUAUGCCCCUCUGGAUUCAGUGGCCCACGCUGUGAAACUAGAGAUCCAUGUGCUCAGAAUCCAUGCUUGAACGGCGGUCAAUGUAUUCCAACUAAUAAUGGUGGAUUUAUAUGUCAAUGUCCUGGUGAAUAUAGUGGUCAACGAUGUGAAGAUCGUGAUCCUUGUGCUUCACAACCAUGCAUGAAUCAAGGCACUUGCAUAAGAGAAAAUGGUAGUUUUCGUUGUACAUGUCCACCAGGAUAUACAGGAAAUCGAUGCGAAAUAAGAGAUGCAUGUCAAAAUAACCCAUGCAUGAAUGGCGGUACAUGUCAAUCUAUUAAUAGCAAUAGUGGCUAUCAAUGUAUAUGUCCUGCUGGUUUUAGUGGUCUACGAUGUGAAACUAAAGAUCCAUGCACUCAAAACCCAUGCUUGAACAAUGGUCAAUGUGUUGCAAAUAGCUUGGGAGGUUUUACAUGUGUUUGUGUUCCUCCAUAUACAGGUCAACGAUGUGAAGAUUCAAAUCCCUGUGCAAGUAAUCCGUGUGGUAGCAAUGGACAAUGUAUUGAAAGUAAUAGUGGCUUUUAUUGUGAAUGUAAUCUCGGAUAUUUUGGAAAUCAAUGCGAGAAUCUUGUUUGCACGCCUAAUCCUUGCACGAACGGCGCUACAUGUGAACCUCGUCCUAAUGGUGUUUUUCAUUGCAACUGUCCACCUGAUUAUGAAGGACAACGUUGCGAAUUUCGUAAAGUUUGCGAACCGAAUCCAUGUCUCAAUGGUGGCACAUGCAGUCCAUAUGGUCUCGAUACAUAUUCUUGCAAUUGUCCAUUUGGUUAUACUGGUAGAAAUUGUGAAAACCGUGAUCCAUGUAUUCCAAAUCCAUGUCAAAAUAAUGGUCGCUGUCGAUCAAGCAUAGCUACAGGCACCUAUGUAUGUGAUUGUCCUGCUACUUUUAGCGGUCAAAAUUGUGAAACAAGUGAUCCUUGCGCAAUAAAUCCAUGUGUCAAUAAUGGCCAAUGUUCAUCAAAUGGUUAUGGUGGAUUCAUGUGUAUCUGUAUUCAACCAUAUACAGGACAACGUUGUGAAGAUCGUAUCGAUCCGUGCGCCAAUGAACCCUGUCGAAAUGAAGGUACCUGUCAACCAAUCAAUGGUAAUUCAUAUCAAUGCAUCUGUCCAUCUGGUUACUCAGGUUUUGAUUGUUCAAUACGCGAUCCAUGUGCUCAGAAUCCAUGUUUAAAUAACGGUCAAUGCUAUCCGAACGGUAUGGGAGGAUUUAUGUGUCAAUGUCCUCCUGGUUUUAGUGGUCAACGAUGUGAAGAUCAUGAUCCUUGUACUUCACAACCAUGCAUGAAUCAAGGCGCUUGCAUGAGAGAAAAUGAUGGUUUUCGUUGUACAUGUCCACCAGGAUAUUCAGGAAGUCGAUGUGAAAUAAGAGAUGCAUGUCAAAGUAAUCCAUGUAUGAAUGGUGGUACAUGUCAACCUAUUAACGACAAUAGUAGCUAUCAGUGUGCAUGUCCUUCUGGUUUCACAGGUUUACAAUGUGAAACACAAGAUGUAUGUACACCGAAUCCAUGUCUCAAUAAUGGUGCCUGUAUACCAAAUGGAGUUGGUGGUUUUACAUGUCAAUGUCCUAGUGGAUUUAGUGGUCAACGAUGUGAAGAUCAAGAUAGUUGUGCCGCUCAACCAUGUCAAAAUCGAGGUGUUUGUGUUAGUUCAGGUGAUGGAUCGUAUAUAUGUCAAUGUCGUACAGGUUUUCAAGGACAGAAUUGUGAACAAAUGGAUAUUUGUGGUGUGAAAAAUCCAUGUAUAUGUGGUACAUGUCAAAAUGAUCCAUACAAUCCACAAGGUUUUAUUUGUUUCUGUCCACCUGGUUAUUCGGGUAAUCGAUGUGAAAAAAUACUUAAUUGUUUGGAUAGCGGAGAGGAAUGCAUAAAUGGAGGUCAAUGUAUUCAACGUCCACUUGGUGAUUAUGUUUGUUCAUGUCCUUAUCCUUAUUGUGGUCUUCGUUGUCAAUCUCAACGACCAUCCUGUGGUACAGCACAUACUCUUGCACCACCUGCAACAACAUCAAGUUCUAAUUCAUUAUGUUCUUCAAGUAUAUGUAAUAAUCGUGGUAUAUGUCAAGAAGUUGAUCAUGGAAGAGGCAUUCAAUGUUAUUGUUCAACAGGCUGGUCUGGUUCACGAUGUCAAUAUAGUUUAUCAUGUAAAGAUGAUCGACAAUGUAGUAACGGUGGAGUAUGUCGUGAGAUAACAGAUGAAAUCAGUGUAUGUCAUUGUUUACCACAGUUUCGGGGAGAAAGAUGCGAACAUGCGUAUGAAUCCUGGUCUCACCCAGGUUACGAUGAGCAACAGCAACAGGACACUUCUAACCAGUACGAUAACGCUUAUCCGUCGGCAGCGGACAUAACACGAAGGGAUGUAUCAAAGAACACAAAAAAACGUAAACAAACCAGCAAAAAUUAA